AUGCCGCCAUUAAUUCCAAACGAUGAGGGUUCAUCCGAUCUCGCGGAUUAUUCGGACGAUCCCGAGGAGUGGCAUCCUUUGGCUGGUCAACGUCGAAGAAACGAAUUUUUUUUGCCGGAAUUUCUACAGGGAAUACUAAACGAGGCUUUGGAGGGAGCGCCACUGAUUCUCCCAGGCGCCCCUUGGAUGGAAGACCUCUUCGAUAAUGAAGAGGAAGAAAUGGAUUCUGGAGAAGAAGACGAAAAUGGAGAAGACGAAGAAGCAGAAGACGACGACGAAGAAGAAGAAGAUUCUGAAGAAGAGUUCGAGGAAAUGUGGCGAGAGAUCGAAGAAAGCCUUGACGAGCAUCGCGAAGCUUUAGCAAUAUUACGAGAGAUGAGUCCAGAAAACGGAGAAGAGCGAUGA